UACAAUACAUUUUCAGCUCAUUAAGUUAGAUAAACAAAUGGCUGAGCGUAGGAGAAGCUAAGAGCCAUGGACUUCAACGGGAAGACGGAGCAAAGAUCAACUGACCCUGAAAGGCAGCUGAGGUGUGGUGGGACAGCAUCGGGAAAUUUCUCUGAAGGCACUGGAAACAUCGCGUUUGCAGCCUUUUUUUUAUUUGAUAUGGAUAAGCAGAGGUGCUGAGAACACAUUGACGGAGAUGGGCAACGCAAUGCGAGGUGUCAUCGCCUUCAUUCCCUCGGACCGAUGUCAACGCUUCCUAGUGGGGGACCUGAAGGAGAUGCCAUUAGACCGGACCCUUGACCUGAGCAGCCGCCAGCUGCGUCGUCUGCCUGUUGUCGCCUGUGUCUUUGAUGAGCUGGUGAAGCUUUACCUGAGUGACAAUAACCUCAGCAGCUUACCAGCGGAGAUUCAGGGUCUGAAGAAACUGCAACUCCUGGCCCUGGACUUUAACUGCUUCGAGGAGCUCCCUGCAGCGAUAUGCAGAUUGCCUCAGCUCAGCACCCUUUACCUGGGCAACAACAGGCUUUAUCACCUUCCCAGAGAACUGAAAGACCUCAAGGAACUCAGCACUCUGUGGCUGGAGACUAAUUGUUUCACAGCUUUCCCUAGGGUGGUGUGUGAGCUCUCAAAUCUAAAGACCCUGCACCUCGGUUAUAACCAGAUACGGAGUUUACCCAGUGAACUCCAACAGCUGGAAGAGCUGCGGAGUAUCUGGCUCGCGGGGAACCAGCUCACAGAGUUUCCACCAGUUUUGCUGGAUAUGCAGUUGCUGGCUGUCAUUGACGUGGAUCGGAACAAGAUACGGUACUUCCCGCCCCUGACUCACCUGCAGGGGCUGAAGCUGGUCAUCUAUGACCACAACCCCUGUGUUAACGCCCCAGCGGUGGCGGAGGGGGUCAGAAGGGUCGGGCGCUGGGCAGACAGCUCGGACGAUGACCUGGAAGAGGACGUGUCAAAAGCAGCGAGCGAAACUGCGGCUGAGGACGUGGAAGUCAACCCUGAGGAGCAGCACAACAUGUAGGGUCAGGGAAAUGACCUUCAGCUGUGGUGAGGUGCGACUGGCAGGCCUCUCACUUGUGUGGCGUCCUGGAGCACUUAAAGCAAAGUAGACUGUUGUACAUCAGGCCGAUGGUAUUCGGUCCAUGUAUGGAAAAGCCAUGAGCUUUGAUAUAAGUCACAAUGCAAAAGACUGUAC